AUGAGUCUGCCGGACUACAAAUCACAUGGAAAACAGUCUGCACCCGCGAUUCUACAUACUCCUGUCGUGCAGUUAAAUGUCGGGGGUCACCUCUUCAGCACCACACUGGGUCAGCUCAGGAAACACCCCGAGUCCAAGCUGGCCGAGCUGUUCACCGGACAACCCAAACUACGCGCAGACGCCCAGGGACGUUUCUUCAUCGACCGCGAUGGUUCACACUUCGGAGCCGUCCUGGAGUUCCUGCGGUCAGACCGGCUGCCCACUGAGAACAUCCAGCAGGUUCACAAAGAAGCGGUCUAUUACAACAUCAAACCACUGAUCAAACGUCUGGAGGAAACUCCUCAGAUGUUCGGGGAGCUCGUGGGAAGGCAGCAGUUCCUCUCCAGAGUCCCACACUACAAAGAAAACAUCGAGGUGCUGAUCCGUAUCGCCAGAGCAGAGGCCAUCGCCGCCCGCCACUCCACCAUCAUGAUCUGCAUACUGCGAACGGAGGAGGAUUUGGGUUUCUAUGACAACGCCAUCAACAGCCUGGAGGCGGAUAAGGAGUCGGUGGUGACCUUCGGACCCUGGAAAGCCGUCCCCUCCGUCAAAGACCUGCUGGACUGUAUCAAGAUGGACAUUGAGAGUCAGGGCUACACGGUGAGCGUCGAGCCUCACAUCACGCAGAGGAACAUCUUGUCUCGGAGCUACGACUACUUCUACAAACUCAUAUUCACCUGGUGGUAA